CGGAAGUGGCCGCUCAGGUUCCUGGGACGGCGGGGAUGGCGGCGGGUGGCGACUUCGGCUCCGGGGCGUCGUCGGGCCGGCUGGACCCGGGAGCGCUGAUGGAGCAGGUGAAGGUGCAGAUCGCCGUGGCCAACGCGCAGGAGCUGCUGCAGAGGAUGACCGACAAGUGUUUCAGGAAAUGCAUCGGGAAGCCCGGAAGCUCCCUGGACAACUCGGAGCAGAAGUGCAUCGCCAUGUGCAUGGACCGCUACAUGGACGCCUGGAACACGGUUUCCCGCGCCUACAAUUCCCGCCUGCAGAGGGAGAGGGCCAACAUAUGAGAGGCGGAGCGAGGGCGACUCUGGCCGGGACCCUUGCAAAGGGCAGCAGCGGAGGACUGUUAAUCGGUUGGCGCAAUAGCCAUUAAAACGUUGACCCACACGCCCCUCUGUCGUCCCCUCGC